AUGAAGAAGUUCGAAUGGAAUGAAGAAUGUCAGAAAGCUUUUGAAGAAUUGAAAGUCUUUUUGACCAGCCCACCGUUACUCAGUCGGCCAAAGGCAGGAGAAAUUCUGUACUUGUACUUAUCAGCAGGUAAAGAAACGAUCGCAUCGGUACUAGUAAGAGAGGAAGAAGAAGAGCAGCUGCCCAUUUACUACUCCAGCAGAACGUUGAAAGGCGUAGAAUUAAACUACCCGACAAUUGACAAGUUGGCAUUAAUGGUGGUAGUAGCAGCGAAGAAGUUAAGGCCAUAUUUUCAAGGGCAUACGGUCAUCAUACGCACUAACCAACCUCUGAGGAAGGCAUUGCAGAGGCCAGAAACUUCGGGAAGGAUGGUUAGCUGGUCCGUCCAGUUGGGAGAACAUGAUAUACGAUAUGAGCCGAGGAAAACAUUGAAGGCGCAAGCACUCGCAGACUUUGUGGUAGAGAUGACGGAGAAACCAGACACUGAAGAACCCAGAGAAGCAAUUACUUGGAAUCUCUACGUAGAUGGAGCAUCUAAUGACCUCGGAGCGGGAGCAGGUGUUGUCUUGGAAGGACCAAUGGGAAUAACAAUCGAAUAUGCAGUACACUUGACAUUUAAAGCAACCAACAACAUGGCAGAAUACGAAGCUCUCAUAACAGGACUGUCAAUUGCGAAAGUAAUGAAAACCGAAGUCCUACGAGUCCAUAGCGAUUCCCAGUUAGUCACAGGACAAAUAGGAGGACAGUUCCAAGCAAAAGAGGCAAAGAUGGCGAAAUAUAUGGAGAAAGCAAAAGAACUCUUGAAUGACAUAGAGAGAUUUGGAGGAGAAUGGGAAAUUUGCCCCAUACCCAGAGAAGAGAACGCAGCCGCGGAUGCAAUCGCCAAAGCAGCAGCCGCAAAGAACCAGCGUUUCAGGGAGAUGAAAAUGACAGAGGAGCGUUCGACUUCUUCCGUAGAUACGGAGAAGGAAGUGUUACCUAUAGAAGAGGUGGACACCUGGAUGCAGAAACUACUGGCAUACCUAACAGAAGGCAUUCUGCCAGGGCAAACAGCUGAAGCCGCAAAGGUAGUUCGACAGUCAGCGUCGUACUCAGUCCUAGAAGGAGUACUCUACAGGGCAUCAGCUACGCACCCAUGGUCUCGAUGCCUGACCAAGACGGAGGGUCUAUAUGUUCUGCAGGAAAUCCAUGAGGGGAUCUGCGGAGCCCAUGAGGCAUCAGCAGCCCUGGUUAGGAAAUCAUCUUUACAAGGAUUCUACUGGUUAUCAAUGAAGAAGGAUGCAGAAGACCUAGUACUUAAAUGUGACAAGUGUCAGAAGUUCGGCGCAGUGAUACUGUUGGGUUUUAUUGGUUCAUAA